AUGUCUCCCGUAGUUCGAGACGCAAUACAGGUCUGCUCAAAACUCGAUAUACGCUACUUAUGGGUCGACGCACUAUGCAUCCUCCAGGGGAACGACGACACCGCCGUGGAGGAUUGGAACCACGAGAGCCAACAGAUGGCCAAGAUAUUCAAGUCUGCCCUGGUCACCCUCUGUGCAGCGUCCUCGACGAGCUACUCAAUUGAUAUCAACUACUACCGCCUGGACUCUUUCCCCUUCCACAAACAGAUCGAUGCGUCCAGAUGGUACGGCCGUGGAUGGGUCCACCAGGAGAUGAGACUCUCGAGCCGGCUUCUCGUCUUCACCUCAGACUGGUUGUUCUUCAUGUGCGACGGGCUCUACCUCUGCGAGAAUGGCCUGUCAGUCACCCGCGAGUGGCGCACCCCGCUCGCCGUCGGCACUUGCAAGGCUGACAUGCAGGAGGAGCCCUUCGCCGCGUUCGCCAGCGAGAUUGAAACAUUCACGGCCAAGGACUUCACCUUCGACACUGACCGCCUUCCAGCCCUGGCCAGCCUCGCCAGCAUGAUCGCUGCCAACACGGGCAGCCAGUACCUUGCCGGAUUGUGGAGGGAUAACCUCGACAAGGACCUUUUGUUCGCCCGCAAUGUGCCUCGGUACGGCACGAGGGGCAUGGUUUCGUUUCAGAAGAGGAUUGCGGCCUUGUCUGCUCCUGGCUCUGUCAUUCGGCCAUCGUGGUCCUGGGCUGGGCUCACGGGACCUUGUGACGCUGGACCGCCUUCGUUGACGGCUACAACGAGGCUGGCGCUGCAGUGCGAGGUUGCGCAUGCACGGUCCCUCUCACCCGCCUCACGCACGGAAAACCGGCCGAUAUUCUCGAUGGGGUCUUGGCCGCACACAUCCACCAACAUGUUCCGGGCGGGCUGGGUCUAG